AUGAAGAAAUGUCGAGUUUUACAAUUGAAGUCUUGCUUCUUUCCACAAACCCAGAACCCGGAUAUGUCUUUCAAAUACCCAGUUCCUCUGAAGCCGAAGUCUCAUAUGGACAAAGAAGUGAAAAGUCGGCUUUCCGCUACUUCAAACUUUCCAAAGCGAUCAGUAAUAUACAAUGAAUCGAUUUUGAAGAAUAGUGUGAUACAUCCUAAGAAUUUCCACAAUUUUGUCAGCAUACGGUCGUUUUCGACUGGAUCUAUCAUUUCGAAAGAUAUACAUAAAGAUGUAGGAGAUGGGAAAUCCAAAGCAGAAUUGUCCAAUUCGCUCAAUGCCCAUUUGGAAUUGGCCCGAUUGAAAAAGCAAGAGAUCAAGCAAGAAGAGAAAGUGGAGCAAAUCAAGAGCAAAAAGUCAUUUCGCCAGAAUCUCCAGACUAUUGGCCGAAUCAUCCGAUUAGGUAAACCAGAUUUGAGGUUAUUCUUGUAUGCUUUAGCAUUCAUUUUAUUCGCUGUCUUGUAUCCAACAACAGCUGUGAAGUUAGUAGGAGCCUCCAUAGAUGCUUAUAACUCCCAUGUGAUAGAUGCUGAUGGAGAUUUGCUCAUCUGGGGAUAUAAGUAUUCCACAGUGUUCACCUUCAUGGUACCGUUCAUGAUGGUCAGUGCAGUGUGUUUCUGGGCCAGAAUCUGGGUGUUGAAGGUUUUAGGAGAACGUCUUGUAGCGAGAUUGCGUCUUCGUGUUAUGAAGCAUUUGUUGCGACAUGAUGCAGCUUUCUACGACCAGGAGAAACAUAAAGUGGGAGACUUGAUAUCUCGUUUAUCGAGUGAUGCCUAUGUAGUUUCCAAAUCCAUUACCAGUAACUUGCCCGAUGGAUUGAAGAACUUCUUGUUUGGUAUCAUCUCUUCUUAUAUGAUGUAUUCAAUCAACCCCCUCCUCUUCUGUGUGAUGUUGUUGAUCUCUCCACCUAUCACGAUAGGCUCUGUAUGGUAUGGUGAGAAAAUCAGAGAACUUUCUACCAGACUCCAGAAUGCAACGGCUGGCCUCACAAAAAUCAGUGAGGAAACGCUUAAUGCUGUCAAGUUGGUAAAGGCAUUCACAGGGGAACAGAAAGAGUUGUCCAAGUAUUCAGAUCAACUUCGUCAAGUAGUCAAGGUAGCAAAAAAGGAAGCUCUUGCUCAGUCAAACUACUCGGUUUCCAUAUACGGAUUGUACCACACUGGUUACUUGUCGUGUAUAGCAUUAGGAGUGUAUUUGAUAUUGAACGGGUCCAUGACUACUGGUGAUGUGGUUGCUUUCACAAUGUAUCUGGAGUUGUUCAACCUGUCAUUAUACAGUCUAACCACUACCUAUAUGGAGUUGAUGAAAGGAGCUGGAGCCGGAGUCAAACUCUUCGACCUAAUAGACCAUGACAACGAGGUUCCGGCUAUAACCGGGGAAAAAAUUCCCCAAUGGAUAGGAAAUGACAUCGAGUUCAAGGACGUGGUGUUCAGUUAUCCUACUAGGCCUACUGAUAAAGUCUUCAGAGGCUGUAGUUUCAAGAUCUCUCCAUCUUCCAGUACUUGUAUAGUUGCUCCUUCUGGUUGUGGGAAGUCUACGAUAGCUGCGUUGCUCUUAAGAUCUUACAAUAUCGAUGAAGGAGAAAUAACUAUAGGAGGUGUCAACAUCAAGGACGUCCAAGUUCGUGAAUUGAGACGAAAGGUCAUUGGCAUUGUUCAACAAGAGCCAGUAUUGUUGUCUGGAAGUAUCUUGGAGAACAUCGUCUACGGUUUGACUCCUCAGGAAAUCAACGACCUCACCAUGGAUGAUAUAAUUGAGAUUUCUAGACAAGCCAACUGUCACGAUUUCAUAGAAGCUUUUCCCGAUGGCUAUAACACGUUAAUUGGAUCUCGUGGAGCUUCUUUGUCUGGAGGACAGAAGCAAAGAAUCGCAAUCGCUCGGGCUUUGAUCAAAAAACCUUCAGUAUUAAUAUUAGACGAAGCCACGUCAGCUCUUGACUCUAAGCUGGAAAGCUUGAUCAAUGAGACAUUGAAGGAUCUCACAUCGCAAGGAAAGAUGACGAUAAUAUCGAUUGCGCAUCGUUUGUCGACAAUUUCUAAGUCGGAGUUUGUAGUGGUACUUGGGAAGAACGGUAACGUAGUUGAACAGGGUAGAUUUGUUGAGUUGUUCAGCAAUGCCAACUCCGAGUUGUCCAAACUAUUAGACGAAUCGAGCAACUUGAAGCAGGAACAAAAGCUUUCAGACCAAGAGAUUGAACAGCAAGACCAUAUAAACCAUGAGACAGAGUUGUUAGAAAUUACCCAGAAAUUGGGCAAGUUGGAAUCUUUGAAAGCGAUCAUAGACGACUUGCCAUUAGAGUUGAAGAAAGAAUUGGUGGAACAAAUGUCCAACGAAUCUAAAGAGAAUCAAAGCGAGCUCGUUGAGCAAAUAGUUGAAGAAAGUAAAAAGGCAGAUCUGGACUUACCCAAUCCGAAGUUGACUCCUGAUGAAUUAAGAUGA